GAUUUUCGAUAGUCGGUGCUCAGUUUCUCGGUGGCAUUUAGUUUGAAUUCGUGUUUAAUUGAUUCCGUUCCCAAAAGUGAAGAGAAAGUGAUCUUAAAUUGCGGAUUUUUUGAGAAGCAAAAGAACCAAUCCCAAAUCGUGUCAACCGAAAAUGAAUAAAUUAUUUGUCGUUUCAAUUAGCUGUCUAAUUGCACUGUUUGGCGUAAAUCUAGUCAUUGGCCAAGCACAACCACCACAACAACAAGGGCAGGAUCAACCGGUAACGCAAACUUGCUUGGGAUGCAUUUGUGAAGCUAUAAGCAACUGCAAUCGAACUGCUAUUUGCAAUGGAGAUGUGUGUGGUUUGUUCCGUCUCACAUGGGGCUACUGGAGCGAUGCAGGCAAGCCAACUAUAGCCGGUGAAUCACCAACAGCCGAAUCAGCCUACGCCAACUGUGCAAAUGAUCCAUUCUGUGCGGCAAGUGCUGUUCAAGGCUACAUGCAAAGAUUCGGUCAAGAUUGCAACGGUGACGGCCGAAUUGACUGCUACGAUCAUGCUCUUAUCCAUUAUCGCGGCGGCUAUGGAUGUAAAGGAGAUUUGCCAGAAAAAUAUAGUGGUGUUUUCAAUCAAUGUUUGAACAAUUUCUUGGCAGGAAAGUAGAUUCAUGAUUUACUCGUCUUUCCGUUUUGAAUUCUCAUACAACAGCAUCAAUAAUAAAACAUGUUUCAAACAAUUUUUACAUUACAACAUACAACUGAAUGAAUAAUGUUUUCUGUAGAAAGUCUCUAAUAAUCCAAAUAUGUAUUUAUUCAAUAAAAACUUAUCUUGACGCAUGCCAAUAAGACUGCAGUGCAUUUGAGAAUUA